GGUUUCAUUUAAAGGAAAGGGCCGGCAUUUCUUUUUAAACCAAGGCGAAAGAAAAGCACACACACAGUCCUCAUUUUCUCUCGGAGUCGCUUGCUGAGAAUCAGCAAAGAAUUUGACAAUCAUCUUCCGCAACUCCUCAAAGAUAACAUUAAGCGAUGGCAGAUGCAGAGGAUAUCCAGCCCCUUGUUUGCGACAAUGGAACUGGAAUGGUCAAGGCUGGGUUUGCUGGGGAUGAUGCUCCGAGAGCUGUCUUCCCGAGUAUAGUGGGGCGCCCUCGCCACACUGGAGUCAUGGUUGGGAUGGGCCAGAAAGAUGCUUAUGUUGGUGACGAGGCUCAAUCAAAGAGAGGUAUUUUGACCCUCAAGUAUCCGAUUGAGCAUGGUAUCGUCAGCAACUGGGAUGAUAUGGAGAAGAUCUGGCAUCAUACCUUCUACAACGAACUUCGUGUGGCCCCAGAAGAGCACCCCAUCCUCUUGACAGAGGCCCCUCUCAACCCAAAGGCGAAUCGUGAGAAAAUGACUCAGAUCAUGUUUGAGACCUUCAACACCCCUGCCAUGUAUGUUGCGAUUCAGGCUGUUCUCUCCCUUUAUGCCAGUGGUCGUACAACUGGUAUUGUUCUUGACUCUGGAGAUGGUGUCAGCCAUACAGUUCCAAUCUAUGAGGGUUAUGCUCUCCCCCAUGCAAUCCUCCGUCUUGAUCUUGCUGGCCGUGAUCUCACUGAUAGCCUCAUGAAGAUCCUCACAGAACGUGGUUACAUGUUCACAACUACAGCAGAGCGGGAAAUUGUGAGAGACAUCAAGGAGAAGCUAGCUUACAUUGCACUUGAUUAUGAACAAGAGCUCGAGACUGCAAAGACGAGCUCUGCUGUGGAGAAGAACUAUGAGCUGCCUGAUGGACAGGUGAUCACUAUUGGCGCUGAGCGGUUUAGAUGCCCUGAGGUCCUCUUCCAGCCCUCGAUGAUCGGGAUGGAAGCUGCUGGCAUUCACGAGACUACAUACAACUCCAUCAUGAAGUGUGAUGUUGAUAUCAGGAAGGAUUUGUAUGGAAACAUUGUCCUCAGUGGUGGCUCCACCAUGUUCCCGGGUAUUGCUGACCGGAUGAGCAAGGAGAUCACGGCUCUUGCCCCAAGCAGCAUGAAGAUCAAGGUGGUGGCUCCACCGGAGAGGAAGUACAGUGUCUGGAUUGGAGGGUCCAUCUUGGCUUCUCUCAGCACCUUCCAGCAGAUGUGGAUCGCCAAAGCAGAAUAUGACGAGUCUGGCCCUUCGAUCGUUCACAGAAAAUGCUUCUAAACAUCGAACUCUUGGUUCGCUGGCUUUGCUUGAGGAGAUUAUACUACAUGAUAUGAUUUGCCUAUGGCUCUCUAUGUUUCAUUCGCUUUUCUUCCGGUUUUGUUCGUUUAUCGAGUCGUCGUCUACUGUUCGAGAAUUUGAAGUUUGGACAUGGAAAUAUUUUAAUUUUUUUGUAGCAGACUUGUGCUUUCCGGAUGGUACUAUGGGUUUGAAUUUUGGAUGAAGAGCACAUACUGUAAUUUUAGUAUGGAAUUCGUAAUGUCAAGAUUCAGUCUUUGCUUUCUU